AUGUGGGUGUUGGUCACUUACCACGCUGUGGCUGGGGGUCUCACUGUGGAGACGAAACUGUUCCUGGCCCUGGCAGGGGUCCUAGCCAGACUCAUCCUGGCCCAGUCCUGUGACGGCACUGCCCCAGCCUCCCCGAGGGCAGUGGAGAUCUUGGUCCUUUGGGACUGCCUAACAGAGGCCAAGCUGCUGGUGGAUGCUGCCUACAAUCAGACUCAGAAGAGCAUCAAGCAGGGCCUUCUCAGUGGCUUGGCCAGCCCCAUGGACCUGCUGUCCUACUUUAAACAACCUGUAGCGGCCACCAGGACAGUUGUUUGGGCCACCAAUUAUAUGCAUGUGGCCUUGGGGCUGCUGGAGGAGAAGGUACAACUCCAGGGGUCCAGAUCCUUCAGUGUCACUGAUGUGCUAAUGGAACCCCAGCUGCGACUGCUGUCCCAGGCCAGUGGCUGUGCUCUCCUGCACCAGGCCGAGAAGUGCAGUGACAAGUAUUGCACUAUCACCGGGGGAUGCAACAACAAGAGGAGACCCUGGCUGGGGGCCUCCAACCAGGCCCUGGUUCUCUGGCUGCCAGCCGAGUAUGAGGACAGGCUGUUGCUCCCCUUCAGCUGGACCCCCAGCAAGAAGCACAAUGGCUUCCGCCUCCCUCUUGUCUGGGCUGUCUCCAACCAGAUCAUGCGCUUCCCCAGCGAGAGGCUGGCCUCCAACCGGGGCCAGGCCCUCAUGUUCAUGCAAUGGGGCCAGUUCGUCAACCGCGACUUGGACUUCUCCCCUGAGUCCCCAGCCAGAGUGGCCUUCACUGCAGGCGUCGACUGUGAGAAGACCUGUGCCCAGCUGCCCCCCUGCUUCCCCAUCAAGAUCCUGCCCAAUGACCCCCGCAUCAAGAACCAGAAAGACUGCAUCCCCUUCUUCUGCUCAGCACCCUCAUGCCCUCAAAACAAGAACCAAGUCCGAAACCGGCUCAACGUGCUCACCUCCUUCGUGGACGCCAGCGUGGCAUACGGCAGCGAGGUCUCCCUCGCCCUACAGCUCCGUCACUGGACCAACUACUUCGGGCUGCUGGCCGUUAACCAACAGUUCCAUGACAACGGGCGGGCCCUGCUGCCCUUCAACACCCUGCACGACAACCCCUGUCUCCUCACCAACCGCUCCUCGCGCAUCCCCUGCUUCCUGGCAGGUGACUCCCGAUCAGCUGAAACUCCCAAACUGGCAGCCCUGCACACCCUCUUUAUGCAAGAGCACAACUGGCUGGCUACUCAGCUGAGACGGCUGAAUCCCCGGUGGAGCAGGGGCAAGCUGUACCAGGAGGCUCGGAAGAUUGUGGGGGCCAUGGUCCAGAUCAUCACCUACUGAGACUUUCUGCCCCUGGUUCUGGGCAAGGCCCGUGCCAAGAGAACCCUGGGGCCCUACCGGGGGUACUGCCCCAAUGUGGACCCCCGUGUGGCCAAUGUCUUCACCCUGGCCCUCCGCUUUGGCCACAACAUGCUCCAGCCCUUCAUGUUCCGCUUGGACAGCCAGUAUUGGGCAGCACCCAACUCGCAUGUCCCACUUAGUUCCACCUUCUUUGCCAGCUGGCGAAUUGUGCAUGAAGGUGGCACUGACCCCAUCCUCUGAGGCCUCAUGGCCACCCCCACCAAGCUGAACUGUCAAGAUUCCAUGGUACUAGGUAAGCUCUGGGACCGGCUGUUUCUGCAAGUGAGAAGAAUCGAGCUGGAACUGGCGGCAAUUAACAUGCAACGCAGCCGGGACCAUGGCCUCCCAGGGUACAAUGCUUGGAGGCACUUCUGUGGGCUCUCCCAGCCCCCGAAUCUGGCUCAGCUUAGCCGGGUGCUAAAAAACCAGGAUUUGGCAAGGAAGUUCGUGAAUCCGUAUGGAACACCUGACAACACUGACAUCUGGUUUGGGGCUAUCGCAGAUGGGGCUAUGCCAGGGGCCUGAGUGGGGCCUCUUCUGGCUUGUCUUUUUGAGAACCAGUUCACAAGAGCCCAAAAUGGAGACAGGUUCUGGUGGCAGAAAUGGGGUGUUUUCAUCAAGAGAUAGUGCAGGGCCCUGAGACAGGCUUCCUUGUCUUGAAUUGUGUGUGACAACACCGGGAUCACCACCGUUUCGAGGCACAUCUUCACGGCCAACACCUACCCCUGGGGCUUUGUGAGCUGCAGCCGCAUCCCUAGGUUGAACCUGUCAGCCUGGUGAGGCAAAUGA